AUGGCAUGUUCAAAAUUUUUUUCAGGAGAUUUGCCAGAAUUAUUAAACGAAGUCAUACAAUAUUUUCAUUAUGAUUAUAAAACAUUACAUUCAUGCAUAUUAGUUAAUAGAUUAUGGUGUCGUCUAGCAAUUCCAUUAUUAUGGGAAGAUCCAUUUUCAAUUAAAUUACCUAAAAAUCAUCAUUUUAUUGAAAUUUAUUUGCAUAAUUUAAGUGAUGAUGAUAAAACAAGAUUAAAUGAAUAUGUAAUCCAUAAUAACUUAUUUCCUAAUACAAAUACUUUUUUUAAUUAUCCUAAAUUUAUUCAACGUUUAAAUACACAUAAUGUUUAUUAUUCUAUUAAAAAGUGGGCAUCUACAAUUGAAGAGGAACAUUCCAGCUAUUCACCUUCACAAAUACCAAAUUUUACAAAACUUAUUUUUAAGUCAUUAUUUCUUAUAUUCAUUAAAAAUGAAGUAAAUUUGCAUAGUUUUAAAGUUAUGGUUGAUUAUGAAGAAUUUGAAUAUUUUGAUGCGGCUGUUGAAUUAAUUUUACAAAAUCCGAAUUUCGUUCAUAAUAUUAAAAAUUUAACACUUGAAUUUGAUGAAAUAACUGAUAAUGUAAGAAAAUUUUUAGGAUUUCUCAGCUCUAAUUGUAAUUCGAUUUCAUCAUUUUAUUUUAUAUUUUCAUUUAAAUAUCAUGAAUAUCCAAAAAUUGAAGAAAAUUUAUCACAAAUGAUUAAGUUUCAAGAAAAUCUUAAAAAGAUUUUAUUUCAUCAUAGUAUUCCCCCUUUAUAUCUAUUAUUAUCAUUAAAAAAUUCUAAUUGUUCAAACACAUUAAAUACAAUUAUAUUUCGUAAUACUAACUUUAAAAAUAUAAAUUUUUUAAGUGAAGUAUUUAAUCAAUUGAAUGUUUUAGAAUCAAUUCAUAUUAUUUAUUGUUUAUCUUUAGAUUCUAAAUUUAUUCAACAAAUUAAUAAUAUUACAAAACCAUUUAAAUUAAAAUCUUUAUUUUUGUGUCAAAUGGAUGAAUUAUUAUUAGAAUCGUUAAUACAAAAAUCUGGAAAUUAUUUAGAAAAUUUUGGAAUUAACAACUGUGAAAUCCGACAAUUAAUACAAUCACUUAAAUUAUAUUGUAACAAUAUUAAAUUAUUAUAUUUUUCUAUGGGACCAAAUAAUCAGAAUAUUAAUUUAAUAUUGGAUUUAAUUAAAAAUAUGAGACAAAAACUUAAUUAUCUUAUGAUUGAUUCCUUUGAUUUCACUAAUAUUAAUAAAAAUAUUGAAAUUAGUUCAAUUAUAUUAAAAAAUUUAGGACAAAUUCUUCCUUUUAAAUUAGAAUAUUUGAAUUUAUGUCUUACAAUUAAUGAAAGUGAUUUAGAAAUAUUCUUAAAAAAUUCCCAAAAUACUUUUAUCAAAAAAUUGUUAAUUAAAGUAAAGUAUGACAAGAAUUAUGGAAGUCAAGAUAUUUUACCCUAUAUAAAAGAAUAUAUAAUGAAAAAGAAAAGAGUUAAAUAUUUAGCUAUUUUAGAAUCUUUUCAAUUUCGUGGUGAAGAUUUGUUUAUUUUGAAAGAUAAAGCAAAGGAAUUUCAAUUACAUGAUAUUCAAGUUCUGAAUUAUCAUGAUUUGGUUAUUAAUAUUUAUGAUUUUAUAAAUAAAACUUAUUAG